CGCAGCGUGUGAGGAGAUGUUACGUGAAAAGCAAGAAGAAAUCACAGCGAUGCAAACAACUAUAGAUGGUUUGAUGAAAGAGAAGAAAGACUUAGAACAACAGUUCGCAGCGUGUGAUGAGAUGUUACGUGAAAAGCAAGAAGAACUCACAGCGAUGCUAACAACUAUAAAUGGUUUGAUGAAAGAGAAGCAGGAAUUAGAACAACAGUUCGCAGCGUGUGAUGAGAUGUUACGUGAAAAGCAAGAAGAAAUCACAGCGAUGCAAACAACUAUAGAUGGUUCGAUGAAAGAGAAGCAAGAAUUAGAACAACAGUUCGCAGCGUGUGAGGAGAUGUUACGUGAAAAGCAAGAAGAACUCACAGCGAUGCAAACAACUAUAGAUGGUUUGAUGAAAGAGAAGCAAGACUUAGAACAACAGGUCAAACGUGCUUCGGAUGAAUCGAAAAUAAGUAGAACUAAUCUGCUAAAGAUAAGGGAUGACUUGUAUUCACAAGUGGAGCAACAAGAGGAACAGAUUGAUCUUUACAAAACGAGAUUGAAUGAAAUGUCGGAGACUCUUGUGCAGUUACACAUAUCGCUCCUGGAUCAUGAAGAUCGCGUACAAUACGAUGGAGCUCUGCGUCAAGUGUUUCGACUUAUGAUCAACAGAACACGAAACUUAGUACCACAACAACAGCUGCCUAAUGAGGAUAAUCCGCCUGUUGUUGCUGCACCUCGUGCUGAAGAGAAUGACCACUUUCCAGAGGCGAAUGAUUAAUUUGGCUGUAAAUUUAUGUGAAUGCAUGUUUAAGCACCAUCGUUGGACAGCACCACAACUAGUAGUGGCGAAGCCAAGGCAGUUGACAUUUUGAGUACUGAAAAUUUGAUGCCGCAUUUUAAGGGUAAGGUAUUUAAUACAUUUCAGUAUUUGAAACAUUAAUAUAGUGCACAGCUAUCCUAGAUGGUCUUUAAGCACAGAUAUUUAGAUGUAAGUAAUAUUGUAUGUUUCGUAUUGUUAUGAGAAAGGGCGUAUCCUGUAGUAAAUCUUCAUAUGUGUUUAGAACAUUGUAGUGAACAUUUGCCUAUGGUAGCUAGCUUUUUAGGACAUUUUAGACAUAGACUUUUAACUAGUGCUUUAGGUUUUUAGUGCAUGUAGAAAUGGUUUUUAGAAUAUAGUCGUUCUUGUGUAAUAUUUACCAUAUGUCGGAUACAUGCAUAGGCUUGCGAAAAGCGGUUAAUGUUUUCUACGGUAUGUCGGAAUUAUAUAUAAGCACUUGUAUACAAUACACCCGCAACAUAUGUAUCGCCCGCAUGCACACCCAAAAACAGGGCUGCGUGUAAUCGUGGCACUGCACGUUUCGACACGUUUGAAUUGUGAUUGUUCGUAUUUCGUAUACUUCCUGUGAAUGUAGCGCAAAAUACCGCAAAAUGUAGCGCUGUGAGAAUAAGUUGGCAAAAAAAAACACAAAAAAAUGAAAAGCCAAACAGGCGUAAUCGAGCUUUCGAAAGAAAAAGGAUGGUUUGCAUCUUUGAGCAUAGCUCAUGGAUGCAUAGCUCUUUGAGUAUAUUUCGUAUAGUUAUUCCUUUGUUUGAAUGUAGCGCAAAAUAUAGCGCUGUGAGAAUGAGUUGGCAAAAAAAACACAAAAAAAUGAAAAGCCGUAAAGAGGCAUAAUCAACCUUUCAAAAGAAAAAAAAAUGAAAAAAAAAUUGAUGUUCACCUUUCGCGAAAGGAGUUGAGGUUGA